AUGUAUGAUGUGUGUGUUUAAAAUUCAAAUCUUCUUUCAAUUCUUUUGAAUCAUUUUUUUAUACCGGAAGUUAUUUGCAAGCCGAAGUAUAAUGUAAGGAAUUUUAAUUUAAAAAAAAAAUUAUUGGUUUAUGAUAUGUGUGUUUAAAAUUCAAAUCUUCUUUCAAUUCUUUUGAAUCAUUUUUUUGAUAUCGGAAGUUAUUUGCAAACCCUAGUAUAAUAUAAAGAAUUGUAGCUCAGUUGGAAGAGCGGAGGAAUCCAGAUCCUUUGGUCAAAGGUUCAAACCUUUUCAAUUCCCUUAGUUUUUGACUUUGAAAUUUAAUUGAGCAUAAAUUUAGUUAUUGAGAUGUUGCUCAGUUGGAAGAAGCCAAUCAAUCCAAAAAAACUUAUGUCAAAGAAAUUUCUAAAAUUAAAUAUUACAGUUCUUUGUUUCUAAAAAAAAUUUUUGAAAGCUGUAAUAAACACAUAAAGUAAACUCAUAUUAAAUUAAAUAAUUAGUUUAUUAGUAUAUUUCAUAUACCGAUAUUUCCCAUGUAAGUAUUUCUGUAGCAAGGAAUUCUAGCUAAGUUGGUAAUGUGAUGGUGGAUUUAACCAAAUGCUGAUUUCUUAGAAGCCAUUAAAAUUCAUUAAAACUAUAAAUUUUUAAGUAUUACUAGAAGACAAACAGUAAAAAUUGCUAAUAACUAAUGAAACACUUCUUCAAUAACUGGGCAUAUAAUUUAAUAAUUAUAAACUUACACUAAUAAUUUUUUUAAAUUUUUAUAUUUAAAAAAAGCAGUAAAAUUAUAAAUUAAUCCUAAAUUCAAUUAAAUAAUAAAAAUAAAAAAUAAAUUUAUUUGCUAAAAUUAACUGA